AUGGCAGACCUCCGCGCGUCUAAUCACGAAACGGUGACGUGUGAGCGAGUCGUGCGGAUUGUGACCCAGGCGGAGAACGCGGCAGCAGCGGCGCAAGCGCCGCAUGUGACGCAGUGCAGCGCUCGAGCGGAAAACGCGCCGGUGUUCGAAUUGAGUCAGGUGACUCAGUUACCCUUCAGCCAGCGCUCUAGUCAGUCGGAGCGCUUUCAAUCGCUGAGGGUCAGUCUGACUGCGUCCGCGCACGUGGUUCCGCCAACCACUGCCUCUGCCUGCGUCCCUUCCGCCGCCCCCGCGCCUGCGGCCGCGGCAGUCACGGCCGCGCCUGCCAGUUUCCUCUGCUUGUUAGAAAAACGACAAAAAUGCCACAGCAAGCACUCGCCGUCUGUAGCGCCGCUACAGCCGCAGGCGGUACAGCCUGCCGGCCUGGUACGUGCGCCGGAUUGCGCGCUGGCGGAGGACGCAGGGGAGCACGCGCACUCGGCGGAGGAGCUGGGGGAGCGCGCGCAACUGGCGGAGGGGCAGUUAGACCUGGCGGAACUGCAAGCGCGGGUGGUGGGGUCGCAGCUGCAGUUGCUGCGCGGAUUGCUGGCGGAGCGGGAGGAGCAGGUCCGCGUGGUGAUGGCGGAACUGGCGGGCAUGCGCGCACGGGUGGUCCGCGCGCGCAACGUGGCCGAGCAAUCCCCGCGCGGAAUUUGCAGGAGCCGUAGCUCCGCGCAGGGCAGGUGCGCAGGCGGGAGCGCCGCGGACACGGAAGAAACGACCGGCGCAGGGAAAACGGGGUUCGCCGCGGGAGGAUCGGUGUGCGGGCGGAAAGAGGCAGCAGAGAAUGCGGGAAUCGCGAGAAACCGCGGAACUCAGGGUACGCGUAACUGCUACACGGGUAGGGCCUCAUUCUCGGUUCCGGCGAGUAUGGUGACUAGCAGACGGGCAAGCACCGACAGACGGCCAGCGGAGGCGAUUCAGGCAUUGGCGGAAAGUCAUGCCGCCGCGGCCGCCGCCAGCGCCGCCGCCGCUGGUGCCACUGGUGCUGGUGGUGGCGGUGGUGAGGCUUCUGCUUGCGCAUCGGAGUGUCUAGAGGCCGCGGCGGAGUUGCAGCAAGUGGAGAUGUCUGUAGCGAGUACGGAGGCGUGGCUGUGGGAGGUAGAAGCAGCGGCGGCCGAGGCGCGAGACGUGUUCCUGCAAGCAGAGGAGGAGACGGCGGCAGCGGCGGCGGCGGUGGGGGCAGCGCGGGCGGCGGGGGGAGGAGAAGCAGCUGUAGGAGGGAAGCGCGGCGGCAGGGCGAUACACUCAGGGGGGUUUCGACAUGAGCUCGCGCUCUCGGAAAAAGCUUUUACCGAGGAGCUCUAUAGGCGGUUGGCUCAGCUACAGGCAGAUUUGAUCGAAGCGGGGGAGGGAGAGAGAGUUCUGCAGGGGAUCUUACAGGGGCUGGAGGGGUCGAAGGGGACUGUAGGGAAGCUGCUCUUAACGGGGAUGGAUGGGUGCGGAGGAUGGGACGGAGGGGACGGAAGGAACGGAGGGGACGGACGCGAUGGCGAUGAUGGAAGGGAAAAUGGCAUGGAGGAGGAUUAUGAGGAGGCGCUGAUUCUGCAGCAGGCACUGGAGUAUCUGAAGCAGCAGCAAGUGCCAGCUGUCGCCUGCUGA